AACCGUUGGUCGGUGUUAUUGUAAAUCUGUGACGUAAUUAUUUGUUUUUAUCAAUGUGCCGUACUCUGGGAUUAAGUUUUGUGCUCUGCCGCCAGUGAUAACAGCAGUUGACAGUCUAUCAUUAUUUGGAUUAAAAAUAAUAGUUUCAAAUAUUUAAAAAACUUUAAUCGUGGCUCUAACGCCAGCUUUGUGGCCAAAUAGCUACUUUGACAUAGGAGAUUUGGCCAUGCCUGUGCGAAAACAAGAAGCACAUCGAGCUUUGGAGCUCUUGGAAGAAUAUCAUUGUAAACUAAGCAAGCCACAGGACAAGCAACUUCGUAAUGCAAUAGAAAGAGUUAUUAGGAUAUUCAAAAGUAGAUUAUUUCAGGCUUUAUUAGAUAUUCAAGAAUUUUAUGAAAUUACGCUACUGGAUGACACAAAAAGUAUCCAACAAAAAACAGCCGAGACGUUACAGAUAGCCAGUAAAUGGGAGAAUAGCCCACCUCUGGCAGGAAUCACGCACCAUAAUAACGAGAAAUAUCGGUACAAGGAUGAAGACGACAUCAACUCCAGCCAACAGUACAAAGACAUAUCAGAGUUGGACGGGUUUCCCAGAAACAUUGUGGACAGAGCAGUCCAAGAUCACUUCAUGUCUUCCGCUGGUGAUUCGCCCAGAAAAAGCAAUGACAGCUGGCAGGCUCAAGACAACGAUCAGGUUCAACCAAAUAUUAUGAACAUUUCUGACCCUUAUACAAAUGGCGAUGACGAAUGGGAGUAUGAAGAAAUUACGUUAGAACGAGGUGGUGCUGGUUUGGGCUUCAGCAUAGCUGGUGGCACAGACAAUCCUCAUGUGGGAGAAGAUCCCAGUAUUUAUAUCACAAAAUUAAUUCAAGGCGGAGCUGCAGCAGCUGAUGGCCGACUACAGGUCAAUGACAUUAUUUUAAAAGUGAAUGAAGUUGACCUCAUUGAAAUACCUCAUUCCAUUGCAGUGGAUGCUUUGAAACGAGCCGGCAAUAUGGUCCAUUUGCUAGUGAAAAGGCGGCGACUUUCUCCCCACCUUAUGGAAAUUGAGCUUUUGAAAGGUAACAAGGGCCUGGGCUUCAGCAUAGCUGGAGGUGUGGGCAAUCAGCAUGUACCUGGAGACGAUGGAAUCUAUGUGACCAAAAUCAUGGAAGGAGGAGCUGCACACAUUGAUGGAAGAUUGGAAGUGGGAGACAAACUAGUGGCUGUUGGUGAUACGAACUUAGAAAGGGUAACACAUGAGAAAGCAGUUGCAACUUUAAAAGCAACAACUGAGCGAGUGGUUCUGAUGGUCAUUAAGCAAGCUGCUGGUACUCUCUUCAGGAACCAUUCUAGAAAUCCCUCACCGUUACCCGUAGCUAAUAUCAUUUCAACGCAAGAAACAAUGAGAGCCAAAAGUGUUACACCACCUUUAAAUAUUCCAGCAGAGUACCCAGAAUCUCCUCCAGAUGAGCAUCAACCUAUGCCUAGAGCUGCUACAAUAGAAGAUUUUACGAAGGAACCCCGCGCUGUAGUGUUGUCCAAAGGCUCCGGGGGCCUCGGUUUCAACAUCGUCGGCGGUGAAGAUGGAGAGGGCAUCUUCGUUUCUUUCAUCCUUGCCGGCGGGCCGGCCGAUCUCAGCGGUGACGUCCGGAGGGGAGAUCAAAUCAUCUCGGUGAAUGGAAUCGACCUAAGGCAUGCAACGCACGAGCAGGCAGCUGCAGCUCUCAAGGGAGCUGGACAUAAUGUACAUAUGAUACUGCAAUACAGGCCGGAAGAGUACAACCGGUUUGAAGCUAAAAUUCAUGACUUACGAGAACAAAUGCUCAACAAUACUUCUGGCAGUUUGAGGACAUCUCAGAAACGAUCUCUUUACGUUAGAGCUCUAUUUGAGUACGACCCUAGUAAAGACAGCGGCCUCCCGAGCCGAGGCCUGCCCUUUGUUUUUGGGGACGUGCUGCAUGUUACAAACGCUAGUGACGACGAGUGGUGGCAAGCCAGGAAAGUGUUGCCUGACGGAGAAGAAGAAGGAAUGGGCAUUAUCCCAAGUAAACGAAGAGUUGAAAGGCGAGAGAAAGCCAGACUAAAAUCAGUGAAAUUUCAAGGCAGAAAUAGCUUUUCAGAUGGAAAAAGUACGUUAGAAAGGAAAAAGAAAAAUUUCUCCUUCUCUCGGAAGUUCCCUUUUAUGAAAAGUAAAGAAAAUAGUGGAGAUGAUAGUGACAAUGAUCAGGAUGGAUCACCUACUAAAGAGGCACCAAACAUAUCUGCUAGCGAUAGCGAAGGUGGAAGCAUACGUGGACCAGAUGAACCUAUUCUUUCAUAUGAAGCUGUGACACAAGAAAACAUUACCUAUGCUAGGCCGGUAAUAAUUCUUGGACCAUUGAAAGACAGAAUAAAUGACGAUCUAAUUUCAGAAUACCCAGAUAAAUUUGGUAGUUGCGUACCUCAUACGACCAGGCCUAAGCGGGACUAUGAGCUGGAUGGUCGAGAUUACCAUUUUGUCUCUUCAAGAGAGCAAAUGGAGCGCGACAUCCAAAAUCACAUGUUCAUAGAAGCUGGGCAGUACAAUGACAAUUUGUACGGAACAAGUGUUGCCUCAGUUAGGGAAGUUGCGGAAAAGGCUAAGCACUGCAUAUUAGAUGUAAGUGGAAAUGCAAUCAAAAGAUUACAGGUGGCUGGACUCCAUCCUAUAGCAAUACUCCUAAAGCCUAAAUCAGCUGAUUCUAUCAUAGAAAUGAAUAAACGAAUGACUGAAAUCUCAGCAUUAAAACAAUAUGAAAGAGCUCUCAAAUUAGAACAAGAAUUUGGAGAAUACUUCACAGCGAUUGUGCAAGGUGACACGCCGGAGGAAAUCUACAGUAAAGUCAAGCAAAUCAUUAGAGACCAAGCAGGACCAAAUAUUUGGAUCCCAGCGAAAGAAAAAUUGUGACUCAAGAUGAGGCACAUCUCAAGUCUUUCAUCAGAUGAACUCUUAAAUAAAUUUAACUCAUCAAAUAUGUAAUAGGAAAUGAAAGAGACUGGCAGCUUAGUAGGUGGCCACUCGAGAAAAUGGCUGCACUUUGAGUGGCCAGAUUCCUCACUUUUGACAGGCUUGGAGGUUGCUUGCAGCACAACAAACUUGUGGAAAUGCUUUCAUAGCUGAAUUUUUUCAAGACCACACUACACUGGAAGAUGUCAACUUCUGCCCAUUAUUUCUGACUGCAAUAAUCAUUUGGCCGAAUCAUAACUUUGUUUAUCUGUCUCUUGCAGUUAAAUCUACCAUUUAAGUUUAUCUAACUUCUACUUUGUAGGAAUUCAAGUUUUAAAUUUUUAAUUUUCAUUAUUUAUAUUUUUGAAUUCAUGACAUGAGUGUUUGCUCAAAAAAACAAAAA